AUGGAAAGAAGGUGCAAAGAGAUACACGAUGAGAAGGAGGGAAGGGAUGAGGAGAUAGAGGAUGAGAAGGAAGGAAGGGGUGAGACCGUGAAGAAACAUACAGGAGAGGAGUUGCUGAAGCUGAGUUCUCGGCAGAAAUCCUCAUUAAUGAACGGUGCUCUUGCCAACAUCGCUUUAUCCGCUUGCUACUCCGUAAUGCAACCAUUUCUCCGAGAUCAGGCAAUAAAAAAGGACGUGUCUCUGACAGGUGCAGGGGCAAUAUUUGGGUGUUACGAGGUCGCCAUGUUCUGCUGUUCCCUUAUUAUUGGCUCACAGGGUUUUUUAGAAAUGUUUGCAGGACUUGGUCACGUCUUGGGCCCCCUGGUCGGUGGCGGCCUCUAUCAGGUGGCAGGGUUUGGCCUGCCGUUCUUCGUGACAGGACCAAUGUCCAUUGUCAUAGCAGCUGUGGCUUUUUUUACCUUACCAAGCGAUAAAGAAGAGGAAGAAAUGCCGUCAGACUAUGGACAGCUCAUUAAAUUAGCAAAGAUACCCGCCAUACCUCUGGAACACCUAGCAGUUUGGGUAGGAUUUGUUGGACUAAGUGCUUUAAGUCCCACUCUAGGAGGUCAUUUACAGAACGUAGAUGCAUCUGUCCAAGGUAACCAUAUAAUGAUCGGCCUGGCGUUUGCUCUGUGUGGGAUCUUUUACACGUUCUCAGUACCUUUGUUUGGCUGUAUAACAGACAAAUGCAAUCACAGGAAGGUGAUUAUAGUCUUGGGACUCAUCGUGACAGCUUUAUCCUUUACCCUCAUUGGACCCUGGGUGCCCUUGACUGAUCUAUUUCCAAACGACAAGGGGGCAACGUGGGCUGUUUUCUUGGGGAAUUGUCUAUGUGGGAUUGGAACCGCCUGUAUCAAUGUAGCUGUCAUGGCGGAUUGUGUAAAUGAAGCCGUAUCCCACGGUUUACCAGAUAGCAUAAUCACAUAUGGUAAUUUGUCAGCAAUAUUUGAUACAUCUAUGGGUCUGGGGUAA